UCCCCAGCUCCCGCUCACUCCAAUCCCCUCCCCUCCGUAUAACUGGCCAGGCGGGUGAGCCAGCAAUGCUCGGGCAGCUGGCGACUCGGGGCCGGGAAGCCUUUGACGGGGCCCGCCAGGCCCGAGCCAUGGCGAAGACAAGUCUGGCAUGUCUGUAAUCAAUGGGCGUUCCCCGCCGCGUGUGGUUCCUUUCCAGUGCCUGGCUCUGCGCCUUUAAAUCCUCCCCCCAUUGUUCCCAUCUGCUGUGGUUUGAAGCAUAUUAUCCCAGAGCAGGAGGAAUUUCCCCCCCUACCAUGUGCAAGCAGGGAAAGAAGCCGUGGGCUGGAUUUAGCAGCAGAUUUCAGAGGUUUCCCCCCCUCUCCUUGGGAGAAAAAUCCCUGGCCUCCCAGAGGUGGAUUUCCCUGCUUAAAAUAGCCAGCCAGCCUGAUUUCGAAGAAACGCAGUGAAGAUCCAAGUUGGCUCUUUUGUUUGGCAGUAACCCCUCGGGAACGCAGGCUCUGCUCCGCAAGGGCUCGGAGCUUGCGCUGGCUUGGAGCUUACGAAGCUAGAAACAGGAGCUGACACCUGGUUUGAAACCAGCAAAUUGGAAUUUACAACUGGUCUGGAACUUAGGAAACGAGGAAUCGGAGUUCACAACGGGUUUGAACCCAAGAAAUCCCAGUUGACAACUGGUCUACAAGUGGUCUGAACCCGAGCCGUCCGCGGUUGCCACUAGUUUGUAAUUGGCGAAGCGAGACUUGGGAGUUUACAGCCCGGCCGAAGGGCCUGACAAGGCAAGAAAUCACAACUGGUUUGAAACGUAGGACGCCAGAAAUCGGCGUUCGCAGCUGGCUGGAAGCGCUCAAAGCUGAAAACGGGAGUUUACAACUGAUUUUAAAUGUCCGAAGCCAGAAUUGGGAGUUGCCAACCGGUUUGGAUCUUCCUUCCAAGCGGCGGGAAAUAAAUCCGAACCUGACUACAAAAAGCCGUGAAGCUGGGCUCCCGAUGAGCGAACCCUCCCUGGAGGAGAUGGGUGGGUACAACUGAUGUGAAACCUCGAAGGAGCAGAGCGGGGACCUCGCGGCUGAGGGAGAAUUUCCGAGCCAGGAAUCGGCAGCCCCACGCGCUGUGGCGGGGGAGAAGAACUCGUUCCCCGGGGCAAUGAGCGAGACCCUCGUGGGGAGUCGGGGGAUUGACUAAAGACGACUCGGACAUUGCAUCUGGCUGGGGACGGUUUCCAGCACGGCCCACGCGAAAGCAGCGCUUGGCAACCGAGGAAAACCUCCCGGGAGCGAAGAGGUCGGGGUUUGGCAAGGCCAGAGCUGGGGAAGUGGCUGCCUUUUGCCACGGCUGCAGAGCGGCCCCCCGACCCGGAGGAACCCCUGGACUUUUUUGCCGAGGGCCGUCCGAGGCCUUGCUGCGUGGCCGAGCCUGCGUGGAUGGAAAUCCCACGUGGGCUGGGUGUUUUCCCCCCGUCCUCGCUCCGGGUUCGUGGGCGGAGAAGGGGAUAGCGGAUUUUGCGGCAAGCCAGCGGCGCGUGGGGCCCAAGUGAGCCAGGCCCCCCCAUCCCAGCCUUGGAGAAAACAGACCCCCUCCCUUCCCCAUGCCUCCAGCCCCGCGCUGACGGGGGAGCAGGCGCCUGCGCCCCCCCAGCGAAGGAGACCCACCCUCCGCUCUCUUGCCAGCCUCCGGGUUGGGAUCGGACGCCCCUGGCUGAGGAUGUGGCCCGAGAUCCCCGGGGCUCGGGGGGGCCUCGGACCGGAGCUGGGGGGGGAUUGAGGCCCGGAGGGAGGGGUGCAGACAUGCAGAGGGCCAGUAUGGUCGGGAUCCCCAGCCUGGACCAAGCCGGAUCCUUCUCCCAGCAGUGCAAGGCCAUGCGGUUCUCCUAUCACCUGGAGAGCGGGGCCGGCGGGCACCGAGCCGAUGCUGUACAAAUCCCCCUGGCUGAUCAGGGCCCAUCCCAUCAGGCCUCGACAGCAGGAGACAAUUCCUGCCCCCAAAACAGAGGUGGAAGGGGAAACUGAGUCACGGAGGGGCCCCCCAGGCCAGGGCUCCCGGCUGCUGGUCAAGAGUCUGUCCCUGGAGCCGCGAAGCGAACCCUGGCGUCCGGAGAGCGCCCAGCGCCUCCGCUCAGACCCCGGGCCCCACAGCGACGGGGGGGAGCCCCACCCCACCCUGCCCAGGAGGGCCCUGGGCCCCAAACCACAGGUCCCUCCCAAACCAGGUCAUCUCCAGAGUACCCAUCCCCCGUGGCCCCCGGCCCCCAUCCCCCCACCCCCCUCGCGCCCCCUCCCAGCCAACCCCCGCCUGGGCCCCCGGAGCCCCCCGACGCCGCACCCCGAGGCUCAGGAUGGAGCUGGCUCCACAGCCGUCUUGACCCUCAUCGAGAAAUUUGAGAGGGACCCUGUAAUCCUGACCCUGGAGCAGCCGUCCCCCACCCCCAGCUCGGACCCCCCGAGCCCUGGGGAGGCCGAUGUAACCCCCAAGUCGCUGGCUCUCCUGGGUCUGCCGGCGGGGGAGGACUCAGGGCCAGCCGGGCAGGGGGACCAGGCCCCCUGCCUGCCCCCCCCGGCCCCCAGCGGGAAACUGGCCAACCGGGACAGCGGCUUCGACAGCAUCAGCUCCCCGUCCCCCAGCGAGGAGCUGGGCUUCGGGGGGGACGAGGGGCCCGUGGGGGAGGGCGACGGGGGGGGCAGCCCGGGGUCCCCCCCCUGCCCAGACUCCGAGGUGGACAGCGACCUGGACGAGGGGAGCGGGGACGACGGGGGGCCGGCGCCAGGCACGGUGCCCCCCCAGGCUGAGAGACCGAACGCGCCGGAGCUCACAGCCCCCCAGAAAACCUUCCACAUCGCCAAUGAGCUGCUGCAGACGGAGAAGGCGUACGUCGCCCGGCUGCACCUGCUGGAUCAGGUGUUCUGUGCCCGUCUCCUGGAGGAAGCCCGCAGCAGAAGCUCUUUCCCCGGCGACGUGGUGAUGGGGAUUUUCUCCAACAUUUGUUCCAUCUACUGUUUCCAUCAGCAGUUCCUGCUGCCGGAGCUGGAGAAGCGCAUGCAGGAAUGGGACAGGUACCCCCGCAUAGGGGACAUACUGCAGAAGCUGGCACCAUUUCUCAAGAUGUACGGGGAGUACGUCAAGAACUUCGACCGGGCGAUGGAGCUCGUCAACACCUGGAUGGAGCGAUCCGCCCACUUCAAGCUGAUCGUCCACCAGAUCCAGAUGGAGGAGGCCUGCGGGAAUCUCACCCUGCAGCAGCACAUGCUGGAGCCCGUCCAGAGGAUCCCCCGGUACCAGCUGCUGCUGAAGGGCUACCUGCAGCGCCUGCCCCCCGGCGCCCCCGACAGCCGGGACGCAGAGAAGUCCCUGCAGCUGAUCGCGACGGCAGCCGAGCAUUCGAACGCCGCCAUCCGCAAAAUGGAACGGAUGCAUUCCUUGCUGAAGGUGUACGAGCUGCUGGGCGGGGAGGAGGACAUCGUUAGCCCCACGAACGAGCUCAUUAAGGAAGGCCACAUCCUCAAGCUGUCGGCCAAGAACGGGACCACACAGGACCGGUACCUGAUCCUGUUCAACGACCGGCUGCUCUGCUGCGUCCCCAAACUGCGCCUCCUCGGCCAGAAAUUCGGGGUCCGGGCCCGGAUCGACGUGGAGGGGAUGGAGUGUCUCUGUCCCGCAGGUGAAGGAGUCGAGUGGCGUCAACCUGCCCCGGACCUUCCUGGUGUCAGGGAAGCAGCGUUCGCUGGAGCUGCAGGCGAGGACAGAGGAAGAGAAACGCGACUGGAUCCAGGCAAUUCGGGCCACGAUCCUGAAGCUGGAGCAGAUGCCGGUGGGAGCUGCCCCCCGGGAAGAGGAGGAGCCCUGGGCUGGAUCGCUGGGCCGGGAGCUGGGCCGCCGGGCGCCGACGCCGAUCCGGGAGAACGAGGUGACGCUCUGCAUGCAGUGCCAGGAGCCCUUCGCCGCCCUCACCAAACGCCGACACCACUGCCGGGCCUGCGGCCGCGUGGUCUGCGGGAAAUGCUCCGAGUUCCGGGCCCGGCUGCUUUACGACAACAACCGGCCCAACCGGGUCUGUGGGGGCUGCUUCGCCGCGCUGCACGGCCCCCCCGGGCCCCCCGGCCCCCCCCCCGCGCCGCCGCUCCAUCCUUGAGAAGCAGGCGUCGGAGGCGGCCGAGCGCAGCGUCGUCUGCAGCUCCCUGCACUACAUGGAGCCGGGCGCCAAGGCCUGGCACAAAGGCUGGUUCGUCGUUCCGGAGAGCGAGCCCCUGGUGCUGUACGUCUAUGGGGCCCCCCAGGACGUGAAGGCCCAGCGCAGCCUCCCGCUGAUCGGCUUCGAGGUGACGGCCGCGGACCCGGGGGUGCGGCUCGACCGGCGUCACUCGUUCGCCAUCCGCCAGAGCCAGCUCUGCUGGCAGUUCAGCGCCGAGUCGGAGGGGCUGCAGCGGCGCUGGAUGGAGGCCCUGAGCCGGGCCGGGCGGGGGGAGCCGGCAGCCCCCCCCGGGCCCGUCCCCGAGGCCGAGGGGCCCUGACGGCGCCGGGGGGCUGGACUGGACCCGACCCCCCCAACAAACGAUACUUGAACUGUCCUCAGGCACUUUGAACUCACCUCCCCGCACACGUGCAGGCCUAGCUGUUACCCCCCCCUUUGUUCAGCUGCGAGCUGCCCCCCCGCGGGAUCGACAGGCCGGCUCACGCGGCGCUCGCCAGGGACAGACACUCGCUUCGCAGACCGCCGUUUUAUUGUUGCUGACGUGCAGUGGCUGGCCACUAGGGGGCACCCCCCCAUCCACGGGGGCACCCCAACUCCCCCCCCCCCAGGAGAUGGGGGGGCCCCCGGAUUUUCUAGAGUUCCUGGGAGCCGGGCAUUGUUGUUAAAGCUCCGUCAGCCGAUUUCUUAAUAAAGGUUUUGUUUUGUU